GCGAGUUACGACAUACACUACGCCGCAUUACCAACACGUCUUGGAAUUGUAUACUUCCCCUCGCCAGCAGAACAGUUUUCUUCUGACUAUCGCUUUCUAAAAACUGAGAGCCAUCAAGGAAUACCUGCGACCACACCAAAAACCAAUAACCCAAUCAUCAGAUACGAGGAACCAUUGAUACCAGUAAAGCUCAUCUUUACGCCCGACUACAUGGAGCCUCGAAAGAUACCUGGUUUCUACUUUGACCCGGAGAAGAAAAAGUACUUCCAAAUUCAGGCUGCCCAUCACGCGCCUGCAGCAGAUUCCAAAUACUCUACGGAUAACAUUUUGAAAGAGAAAAAGAAAGAAACACUACGAAAAAAUGCAGAACAGAAGGAGAAGAAGGUACGAAGCGAGACAAUCGUCCGGCGGCUUCGAGACGAUCCUAUCAUGUCUGCUAGUUUAGACCGGGAAAUGGGAUUGAGGAAAACAUCCUACUACAUGCGUACAGCCUGGCCUAAUGCCUUUGCAUCACGCAUGUCGACAAGACCGAAGGUGAUUGUCGACCGUCCCGUCGGGUCUUUUGUCCACUUAUUCGAUGUUGAUCCAAACACAAGGACUAUCUAUGCGGUGCAUGCGGAGAAUCAGAUCAAGCGACGGCGAACACACACUCCUCAGCUUCCAGCAGCCCCCGUCAUGGACUCGCCGCCUGCUGACGCUGGCGACACCACAACCUAUUUUACCUUGAAUGAAUAUACGAUGGAGCCCUGGGAUGAACUUCAUCGCUUGACUUCGCCAAUUUCUUCAUUGCAAUAUCUACCAAGAUCAGGUGCGUUGGCCGCGACUACAUACGGCUCUGACAGGCCUCCCACUAUACAUUUCUCGGAUCCUGAGCGAGACGGCCCUUACGUUGCCGAACAGUUCACACCUCAGGAUACUGCCAGCAUAUGGACGGCUAGGGCGCGACCAAUAUCUUUUAUUGAUUCACCCUCGGCUAUACGUGACAACUCAACGCCGGCAAAUGAUACCGACCACUUGGCUAUUGGUACGUCAAAGGCUUUGCUGCUAUUUCAGCGUUUACCGACCGGGCUAUGGGACUGUGCGACAGUCUUUGAAUCCGAUGUCGAUGUAUUGGCAGUAGAUUGGAUGGCACCCACAACGAUAGUCACGGGUUGCCGUGAUGGUAACAUCCACCUCCACGAUAUACGCUCUCGAGGAUCUUCGAACAUACUCAAACAUCCAUACCCCAUCUCAUCAUUGAAGCGUGCCGAUGACCCGACGCGGCUCGUCUGUGCCGGUCUUCAAGACUCGCUAUGCCUAUACGACAUUAGAUUCUCAAGGCGCUCGAAAUCGCCAGAUGCAAGCUCUUCCGAGACAAAACACCGGGGAAAUCGCAGUAGGAAGAAAAGAAGGAAAAUUCAGCAUAACGCAUACGAAAAUUCGUCGCAGCCUGUCCUCACCUUUGUUCAUUCAAAUGCCUACGAGACACAGUCAGCCAUGGAUAUUCAUCCGCAAUUGGGCCUGAUUGCAGCGGCACAGUACAACGUAGACACAGCAGUGCGAAUCCACAAUCUUUGGACAGGAAAGGUGGUGAAGCAAAUCGAGCGGAAUGGUCUUCGGCAAGGUGGACAGAAAUACCUGUCAGAUGUGCAAUGUCUGAAAUUCGUGGAUGCGGAACAGGACGGCGUCGAGCUGUGGUCGAAUUGGGGCGGCAGUAUUGUCAAGUUUAACUUAUAG